AUGAACUCAGACAUGUCAUUCAUCGACACCCCGCCAGACCGGCCGAGCAAACUGCGUAUUUUCGCCAUCAUGAUCGCUCUCUCUUUGUCCAUAUUCGUCGCAGCCCUGGAUCAGACCAUCAUGGCGACGGCAAUCCCCACUAUCGCAGCUAAGCUACACUCAGCUGCGGGUUACACUUGGAUUGGCGGUGCUUAUUUGCUGGCCAAUGCGGCUGGCGCGUGUAUCUGGGUGAAACUGUCCGAUAUUUGGGGCCGCAAGCCUAUUCUGCUUAUUGCUGUUGCUUGGUUCUUUGUUAGCUCGAUUAUCUGCGCUGUUGCGGUUAAUAUGCAGAUAUUGAUCGCUGGUCGGGCGUUGCAGGGUGUUGCAGGUGGCGGUAUCUUGCAGCUUAAUACUAUCGUUAUUUCUGAUCUGUUCAGUGUUAGACACCGAAGCUUGUAUCUUGGCUUGAUGGAGUUCAUGUGGGCUCUCGCUGGCGGCAUCGGCCCGCUACUUGGCGGUGCUUUCUCUCAGUACGUCUCUUGGAGAUGGACUUACUGGAUCAACUUGCCAGUGUCAGGUACUGCCUUCCUUCUUCUUUUGUUCCUGCUAGAUGUCCACAACCCCAAAACCAAGGUGCUGGAAGGCCUUCGGGCUAUCGAUUGGCUCGGCAGCUUGUCCGUCCUGGGCUUGACCCUGAUGCUGCUUCUCGGACUCGACUUUGGUGGAGAGACUUUCGCCUGGAGCUCACCGACAGUCAUCUGCCUGGUCAUCUUCGGAUCACUCUGCUCUCUGCUUUUCAUAUACAGCGAGAAGCAACUCGCAAAGUACCCGCUGAUGCCGCUAAACAUCUUUGCCCGUUUCUCCAAUAUUGCCACCCUCGCCGUGGCUUUCGCACAUGGCUUUGUCUUCAUUGCCGCAGAAUACUACAUCCCUUUGUACCUCCAGUCAGUCAAAGGCGCUUCGCCCAUGCGAUCAGGAGUCCUAAUUCUCCCCCUUUCCGUUGCUGAGGCACUCUCCGGCAUCGUCGCGGGAGUAAUCAUCCACAAAACAGGCCGCUACCUCGAGCUUAUCUGGAUUGGCAUGACUCUCAUGUGCAUCGGAACCGGCCUAUACAUUCACCUCGAUGUAUCCUCAUCCGUUGUUGAAAUCGUCUGCUAUCAAUUGCUGAGCGGUGUCGGUGCUGGCUUCCUCUUCCAAACGCCCAUCAUCGCCCUCCAAGCCAUAGUCUCCCAAGAAGAUACCGCCACGGCGACAGCUACACUUGGUUUCAUUCGGAAUAUUGCCAUUGCAUCGUCGGUUGUUGUUGGUGGUGUGGUGUUCCAAAAUAGCAUGACCGAGAUGAAGCCCAGUCUCUUGGCCGCAGGCAUGUCAGAUAGCCUUGCGGAGAAACUGACCGGUGAUUCCGCGGCUGCAAAUAUUGAGUAUAUCAAAGAUAUCAAGGAUAUUCCGCAGUUGCUUGCUGUUAAGCAUGCAUUUGCCUGGAGUAUGCGAAAUAUGUGGAUUCUUUAUACUUGCGUUGCGGGUGUGGGGAUUUUCUGUUCUGUCUUCAUCCUGAAGAUGCAGUUGAAUGAGGAGCAUGUUGAGACUGUUACUGGACUGAAGAAAGUCAAGGCACCUGGGGCUGAUGAGCUGCAUGCUGUGCAGAACCAUCCUGCCACUGUGUAG